UGAGGGAGCGAAGGUAACCAUAGCAACGCGGCCUAAAGGCUGGAGUCGCCUGGCUGCAAAUCUGGCUUCUCGGAGCUGCGUGAUUGACUGUAGGCUGCUCAGCGUUAGGCGGGGGGAAUGAGGGGAGGCGAUCAGACAAAGCUUGUUACUAAUCAACCAUAUGAUGAAAGUCUGGAUGUGAAUGAUUCUGAAGAGGUAGCAAGCAUCUACACUCCAUCCCCAAGACAGCCUGCUGAUCAGAGAUCAAACCGUUCCCAGACCAGGCUCAUGGCAGAUAACAGCAGCGAUGAGUAUGAGGAGGAGAACAGUAAGAUAACAUCCACUGAGGAUAAGAAGAAAGGGUCAAAGGCCAUGCAGCAGGGGUUUGUGGAAAAUGAGGAUGAGGAGGAUGAUGAAGAUUCAGAUGAUACAGAAUCUGAUGAUGAUGAUGAGGAGCAUGGAGUACCACCAGAAGGUGCAUAUGAUCCUGCAGAUUAUGAGCAUCUUCCCACCUCCACUGAGAUAAAGGAGCUCUUCCAGUAUAUUACAAGAUACACUCCACAGUCCAUCGAGCUGGACCACAAACUGAAGCCGUUCAUUCCUGACUUCAUUCCUUCAGUGGGUGAUAUCGAUGCCUUUUUGAAGGUACCUCGUCCUGAUGGGAAACCUGACAACCUGGGCCUGAUCCCAUUGGAUGAACCUUGUGCGAAACAAUCAGAUCCAACUGUACUGUCACUGUGGCUGACAGAGAAUUCGAAACAGCACAGUAUCACGCAGUUGAAGGUGAAAAGUCUGGAGAAUGCAGAGAAGAAUCCAAAAGCUCUUGAUAACUGGAUGGACAGCAUCAGUGAACUGCACCACUCCAAACCACCUGCCAACGUCCACUAUACCAAGCCAAUGCCUGAUAUCGAAGCUCUCAUGCAAGAGUGGCCACCAGAGUUUGAGGAGCUGCUGGGAAAGGUGAGCCUGCCCACAGCAGAAGCCAACUGUGACCUGACACAAUACAUUGACAUGAUCUGUGCAAUCCUGGAUAUUCCUGUGUACAAAGACCGCAUCCAAUCCCUGCAUGUGCUUUUCACCCUCUACUCUGAGUUCAAAAAUUCACAGCAUUUCAAAGCUCUGGCAGAAGGGAACAAGGUGAACAGCUGUGAGGAUCCUCCAUCCCACAAUGCAGAAGUGGACACAGUAACAUUCGAAUGAAUAACAGCUCUGAGCAAAUAAAUCUCUUUGGAAAAUUCUGAAAACAUAGCUUCAAUUGUUUUAUUUUUCUAUUUAUUGUAUAAUUUUUCCUAAUAAAUGCUAUUCUGAA